AGCUCAACAUGACAUUCUGUUUUUAUGUCAAGUAGCCUAACCCACCAAGAUACUGACGCAGAACCCCUGGGAGGGGGGCAUUCAACUUUCAGCGUCCCACCCCACACGAGUCAUCCAGACACUGGAACGACCAUUUCUCUCAAUAGCGCACGAAAUUAUCGCGUCAUUUUCUUUCACUUUCUAAGUGGUCGUCGUCACGGGAGUAUAAAGAUGAAGUGAUUAUCCAUAUGCAGCAUUUCACGGGCCUCUACUAGCGAUAAAUGCACGAGCAAGUACAGGAGUACUGAUCAAAUAAGCUGAAGGGACUCGAGUCUUACCUGAGCGUUAUGUGCCUUGUAUGGAGAUACAGAUUAGUCGUUUCCAUCACUCUGGUUAUUGUGCUCGGUGAUGUUUAUGCAUCAGACGCACAACCAAUUGGAAAAGUUUAUCCUCGCGGAAAUCACUGGGCUGUUGGGCACUUAAUGGGCAAGAAAAGCACAGAUGAGCAGGUCAGACCUGAGGAUCCAGAAGACAAUGCUGAGACCUCUAUGACGACUCUAGAUCAGGAUCAGCAGCUGGAAAGAUACAACAAACAUCUGCUGCUGCCACUCCUGCAUACGCUCAUGAGAGGACGGAUGGCACCGGAGAGCAUGCUGGAGGGCACAGAGGAGAUCGACACUCAUAAACUACUCCAGCGCAUGCUGGAAGAGAGACGUCAGUGGGAGGAAGUUCAUGAGAGAGACAGACAAGUCAAACUGGCUGAGGAUGUCUUGUUGCGGGCUUUAUUAAUGCAGGAUGACAACGAAAGCUGAGGACCAACUGGACAAAAGACUGUGGUUUGAAGU